AUGGGGCACACAGACAUAUCAAUCGUCGAAUCAGCACGAUUAGUCGUCCAAUGUGAAGAAAAGGCUGUUCCUUUAUCUCUUCUUGACUGCACAGCUGCCAAUUUCUCCAACACUACCGCAAUAUGGCUCUACGAAAAGUCAACCAUACUUGCCCGCAAUGAAUAUCUUUUCGGCCGCCACCUACGUAGAGCGCUAUCAAGCACUCUGCAGUCCUAUCCUCAAUGGUGCGGACAUUUAAAGGCUGUUGAGUCUACAGACGGGACUGUCCCACCAGAAGCCCGUCACUUUCCCCCACAUGCACGACGCUUCGGACGCUUGUACGCGCAUUUUGGAACCGAGAACGACCCUGGUGUAGAAUUCGUCUAUGCUAAAAGCUCUGUAACUCUCGAUUCCUUGUAUCCUUCGAACAGAGUCUCGAAACAACCCGUUUGGCCCUGCGACUCGUCACUGUUUCGAAAGUUCAUACCAUCUGUGCCGAUAGCUCAGCCGCUGAAGCAGGCCAUCAAAGACGAAAGCGGUCGCUUGUAUCCUCUCCUCGCAAUCCAGAUAACCGAGUUGUCGUGUGGUGCAUUUAUCCUGGCUUUGAACGGUGCGCAUCCUCUCGCUGAUGCGACGACCUUGAUAACUCUUCUCAAAGACUGGGCAUCUGUUAGUAAAUCUGACCUUCAUGGAGAGUCUAACAUUCACUUGGCUCCUGUCUUUGACCCUACUCUUGUCGAUAAACUCGCCGCUGGGGACAUCAAUGCGCAACAUGCAGACGAAAGCCUUAAAGAACAAGCCAAAUCGUUGCCGAUGCACAGGUAUGACUGGUGGGCUCCUGGCUCAGCUCCUCCCUGGCCAUUCAAUAUUCCGCUGCCUUUCGACAAACCGGAUCUUGAACCAGAAGGCAACGCAAUGCCUUGGGCCGAGUGGGAUAUUACUUCUGCGGUAUCUAAAUCUGUUUUUCACUUCAGAAAAGAACAAGUUGCAACAUUAUGGAAGAAGGCAAAUGAGGGUUCGCCACAAAAGCUUAGCCAACACGAUGCAGUCUUGGCUCAUAUAUGGUCCUGUAUAGCCCGCGCGCGGCGCCUGGAGAACGACAAAAGUCCUUUCCACUGCGAUCUCGUCUAUGGCGUCAGGCCAUCCUUUCAACUAGACAACAAGUUCCUUGGUUCUCCCAUUGUUAUGAUAAAUAUCGAACUUCCUGCAUCGCAAGUCUGCGAUCGUUCUAACUCGACCGAGGUGGCCACUCAAGUCCGCAAUACCCUCAAGACAAUCUCAAAUCCAUACAACAUAUCCGCCCAUCUCCAUGCACUCGCCUACGAAAAGUCUCCUCAACGAAUAUGGCAAGCAUUCCUGGGUCAUCGUCAUGUUUUGGUCACGACAUGGGCACGAGCAGGAGUUUAUGGAAUUGAUUUUGGUCUUGGCUCUAACUGUGUCUAUGCUGAAGGCGUUGUACCAGAGAUGGAUGGCAAUGUUUUGAUCAAGGAAGCACCUGGUCCUGUCCCAACAUAUUGGACUGAUAACGGUGUUGAUAUCUCAGUCUAUAUCAGGACAGAUGACAUGGGCCGCCUAGUAAGGGACCCGGUGCUCUUCCCAACGACGAUACCGGAUGAGAAAGAAACUGCAUAA